AAAAACUGUGUGGUUAACCUUCAACUCCCCCCCCUGCACAAACAAUACUUUCCAUUUUCUUCAAUUGUACAUCUUUGCCCCUCAAUCUCGAGUCACACUGAUCAGCUCAUCGGGUUUGAGCCGAGUUCACCAACAAAGAUGGUGGGGGCUUUAUCCGUGGUGAGUUCAUCAGUCAUGGAGUCUCAGGCCGGUCCUUGUUUGUGCCUGGAAGCAUUGCCAUCCGACACCAUCGGCCUGAAAAGAAAGGCAAGGCCCGGUUCGGUCGAAUUAGGCAGCUCCUUCGUCGGUUCAUGGCCUGAUUGGAGGCUGUCUUCCAAGAUGAUUUUUAACAAGGGUUGGAGGAAGCAGCGCAAGGACCGUGGGCUAGUGGUUGUUGAUAAUUUGGGAGGGCAGUACGAAGAAACUUUCGGUGAUGUUCAAAAGCAAUUACUCAAUUACUUCACAUACAAAGCAGUGAGGACUGUUCUUAAUCAGCUUUAUGAAAUGAAUCCUCCAAAAUAUACAUGGUUUUAUCAGUACGUUGCAUCAAAUAAGCCCAGCGAUGGCAAACUUUUCUUACGCAGGCUCGGGAAGGAGAAUCAAGAGCUUGCUGAGAGAGUGAUGAUAACAAGGCUUCAUUUGUAUGGGAAAUGGAUUAAGAAAUGCGAUCAUGCUCAAAUAUACAAUAAGAUUUCGGAAGAGAACUUGGAACUGAUGCGCGAGCGGCUAAUGGAAACUGUGGUUUGGCCCUCCGAUGACACAAACCCUGACAAGAUUGGCUGAAGGGGAUGCCAUUGCCAUCCAUUGGCAUUUCUUCUCUCUUUUGAUACAGCCUUGGCUGACAUUUCUGUAGAAUUACUGUGUUUGCUUAAAUAUAGUUUCCAGCUCUGUAUACUAUGGAUUGUGCAUUCAGAUUAUUAAAUAUUAUCCAUGAUUUUGCAUUGGAAGGGAAGGUAGCCAUUUCAACUUGUUCAUUCAA